AUGGUCGCUUGGUCCAUAGAGCUAUCACAAUUUGAUAUCCGUUUCGAACUAAGAGGACCCAUCAAGGCACAGAGCAUGGCCGAUUUCAUAAAUGAGUUCACCCCGGAAGUACUUCCCGAACCACACGCAUGGACCCUACACGUGGAUGGGUCAUCAAAUCAGCAAGGUAGCGGAGCUGAUCCGGCUUCAAGACCUCCAACAACCAAGCCGAGUACGAAGCCCUACUCGCAGGCUAGAGGUUGGCACACGACUUGGGCAUCACCAGAAUCAAAUGCUGGAAAGCUGAAAAAGAACUUUGAUGAUGUACAAGUCGAGAACACACCUCAGGAACUCAACACAAGAGCUGAUCAAUUGGCUAAGCUAGCUAGCAGCAAAAAGACUAGUCAUUUGCGCAGCAUGAUGCAACAAGAGUUACAAAAGCCAAGUGUCGCCGAAGCCGAAUGUUUGCAAGUCCAACAAGGGACACACAGUUGGAUGACCGGCAUAGUUGAACCCCUCGUGACCGGCUCGUUGCCCGCCGAUCCCCUUGAAGCUAAGAAGAUGAAAACUGUGGCGGCACGAUACGUUCUAAUCUUUGGAGAGCUGUACAAGCGGGGCAUUUCGACACCCCUACUGAAGUGCCUUGCACCUGAACAGGCUCACUACGUCCUCCGGGAGAUCCAUGAAGGCGUAUGUGGAACCCACUCGGGAAGCCGAACUCUUGCCACCAAAGUUGUUCGGGCCGGUUAUUAUUGGCCAACCUUGGCGGUAGAUUGCACCAAAUUUGUCCAACAAUGCAAACCGUGCCAACAACAUGGACCGUUGACACACAAUCCCCCCGAAGAACUACACUCUAUCACCACCCCAUGGCCAUUUUCGGUUUGGGGCUUGGAUAUCUUAGGGCCAUUCCCACCAGUAAAAGGGCAAGUGAAGUUUCUCAUCGUGGCAGUAGAUCGUUUCACCAAAUGGAUCGAAGCAGAGGCAGUGGCCACCAUUAUGGCCAACAAUGUGCAAAAAUUCUUUUGGAAGAACGUUGUCACCCGCUUUGGGAUUCCAUACGCCUUGAUCACCGACAACGGCUUAUAA